GAAGCUGCCUGCCGUGGCUACCAGCGCUGGCUCCGUUACAGGGGCGGCUGGGAGCCGGCCAUGGAGCACCGCCUGGUAGGGCCCGGGCCAUACCGGGCCACUAAGCUGUGGAAUGAAACAGUGGAACUUUUUCGGACCAGGAUGCCCUUACGGAAACACCGCUGCCGUUUCAAGAGUUAUGAGCGUUGCUUCACAGCAGCGGAGGCUGUGGACUGGCUGCAUGAGCUGCUGAGGUGCAGUCAGAAUUUCGGUCCUGAAGUGACUCGAAAACAAACAGUGCAGCUGCUGAAAAAAUUCCUGAAAAAUCACGUUAUUGAAGACAUCAAGGGAAAAUGGGGUCAGGAAGAUUUUGAAGACAACCGUCACUUAUACAGAUUUCCUCCUUCCUCACCCCUGAAACCGUACCCAAAGAAGCCCCCAUACCAAAGGGAUGUUAUUAAAUUCCCAGAAUGGAAUGAUUCCCCACCAGGCACUUCACAAGAAAACAUCCCAGUGAGGCCGGUUGUGAUGAACUCUGAGAUGUGGUUCAAGCGUCACAGUAUCGCCAUUGGUGAGGUGCCGGCUUGCCGUCUGGUCCACCGUACACAGCUGACUGAGGCUCACGUGGAGGAGAUCUGGAAGUCGAUGACCUUGUCAUAUUUACAGAAAAUCCUUGGCCUGGAUUCCUUGGAAGAAAUUUUAGACAUCAAACUCAUCAACGCCAAGUUCAUCAUCCAUAAUGUUUACAGUGUCAGCAAGCAGGGGGUUGUGAUCCUCAAUGACAAGUCCAAAGAACUUCCUCAUUGGGUUCUGUCAGCUAUGAAGUGUUUGGCAAAUUGGCCCAACUGUUCAGAUUUGAAGCAGCCGAUGUACUCGGGAUUUGAAAAAGAUGUGUUUAAAACUAUAGCAGAUUAUUACAGUCACUUGAAAGAGCCACUGCUUACAUUUCAUCUUUUUGAUGCUUUUGUCAGUGUAUUAGGUUUGUUACAGAAAGAGACAAUGGCAGUUGAAGCAUUUCAGAUUUGUUGCCUCCUUCUGCCUCCUGAGAAUAGGAGAAAGUUACAGCUCCUAAUGAGAAUGAUGGCAAGGAUCUGCUUAAAUAAAGAAAUGCCACCACUGUGCGAUGGUUUUGGCACUCGGACUCUGAUGGUUCAGACAUUUUCCCAUUGCAUCUUGUGUUCCAAGGAUGAAGUAGACUUGGAUGAGUUAUUAGCUGCUAGGUUAGUGACAUUUUUGAUGGACAAUUGCCAGGAAAUUCUGAAAGUUCCUCUGGCCUUGCAGACUUCUAUAGAAGAGCGUGUGGCUCACCUACGAAGAGUCCAGAUAAAAUACCCAGGAGCUGAUAUGGAUAUCACUUUAUCUGCCCCUUCAUUUUGCCGUCAAAUUAGUCCUGAGGAAUUUGAAUACCAAAGAACACAUGGCUCUCAGGAGGCUCUGGCGGCCUUGUUGGAGGAAGUUAUAACAGAUACCAAACUCUCUAAUAAAGAAAAGAAGAAAAAAUUGAAGCAGUUUCAGAAAUCGUAUCCUGAAGUCUACCAAGAACGAUUUCCUACCCCAGGAAGUGAAGCACUUCUGUUUGCUGAAAAACCCAAACCCAAACCACAGCUGUUCACAUGGGCACUGAAAAACCCUUUCCAGCCAUUUCAAAGAACUCGGAGUUUUCGGAUGUGAGGCUUGUAUGGCGACAGAGUUUAGAGACUUCUGUGAUGAUUGUUGCUUUGAGUGAAUAGUGGUAGAAGAAAAAAAAGCAUAAAAUACGGACUACUGUAACAUAGAUACAGACGAUCUCACUUUUUAAAAUAUUGAGCCAUUGUCAGUAUUUUUGUAAGACUGUGAUAUUUAAAGUUGUACAGAUCAGUAAUAAAUUGAGUUAACAGUUUGAAUUGUUAAAAAAAUCUAAAGGUAUAAAAUAUUUUUAAAAAAUGUUUUUGUUUGUUGUUUCUCAUGUGUUUAUAAAACAGUUAUGUAUGUAUCCUAGUUACUGAUGUCUUUGUUUUAAAUCCAAGUCUUAAGAAUAGUCUAAUAAGUACUUAAAUAAGAAAGACACUGGGUUCUGUAAACUGUGAUGCUAUUGACUUAGUAGCCAGUUGUGAUUUCUCCUGUGUAAAUUCCAUUUUUCAGUUUUGCGUAAAAGACUCUGAACGUCCUGUAUUGUGGUGAUUGUCUUUUUGUUGCAGAUUUGUUAGAUGCUAUGGACAAAUUUUACUGAAGUUGAUUCUUGUAUAUAAUAGUUAACAUUUAUCUGUGAGUAGAUUUUCAACUAUCUACAAUUUCAGUUUCAGCUAAAGAUGGAAGAUUGAACUGGAUAGAUUCUUUGGGUCUCUUGAGACUUGUAAUUGUAAGUUAAAUAUUUGUUGUUUUUGUGAAAAAAUUAUAAAUUAAGUAAAAUGAGACUACUUUCACAAAUAUUUUUCAGCUUCUUCAUCCUUUGAAAGUAAAUAAAAUGUAAAUAAAUGGUUUAUAUAUUUUUUUACAUACCA